CCAACAUUUCCUGAGGUAAUUCACAUAUUUGACUUUUUAUAUUUUAUGUAUCGUACAGAAUAAUAGAGCGCAGGCUAAAGUGCAGUUCGGCCCCAGCGAGUCUCUCAGCGCGGCGUGUCUCACAGCGCAGGGGGCAGCCGGAGCGCCGCAGACUCGGGCGGCUACAUGAGUAUAUUGGGAAUAAAAUACUCCUGCCAGCUGACGCUGGACCCCAACACAGCAAACAGACGCCUGUCUCUGUCAGGGGGGGACAGGAAGGUGACAGGGGGGGCAGAGCAGCCAUAUCCUGAUCAUCCAGAGAGAUUUGACAGAUGGAGCCAAGUUCUGUGGAGAGAGAGUCUGACUGGUCGCUGUUACUGGGAGGCUGAGUGGAGUGGAAAUGGAGCCUGGAUAGGAGUGACUUAUAAAGAGAUCAGGAGGAAAGGAGGGAGUUAUGACUGUGGGCUUGGAUUCAAUGACAAGUCAUGGAGUCUGUACUGUAAUACUAACAGUUACUCUGUCCUGCACAAUAAUAAACAGACUCUCAUACCCAUACGGCCCUCAGGCUCCCACAGAGUAGGAGUGUAUCUGGACUGGGGGGCUGGUGCUCUGUCCUUCUACAGAGUCUCCUCUGAUGGACUGACCCCCCUGCACAGAUUCACCUCCUCAUUCACUGAACCCCUCAAUCCAGAGUUUUGGGUUUAUCCAAACUCCCCCGUGUCGCUGUGCAUGCUGGGAUAGCUCACUGUGUGCUGGAGGAAUCAUUUUUACCUUAUCAGAGUCUCACAUGUCACUGCUUCUCCACGGCAAAAAGGUAAAAUCUCUGCUUUAUAACCAGUAUAACCCUUUUUACUCUGUCUGAAGUGUGACGUAUGUUAAUAAUUGGGUUCUGUAAGCUGAACAAACAUACAAAAUGACUGUUUUUCUCUGACUUAUGUUCUAUGUUGUCUGUAAAUGCACCAAAACUGCCAAAACAAAUUCAUAGUACAUGCAGUUGUACCAAUAGAGUGAAUUCUGAUUCUGAAAAAAAUAAAAUGUAAUGAAAUCUAAGCCUGAUGAGUGGGGGGAGCUUUUCCCCUCCCCUCUAUAUGUAUAUU